GAUUCCGAUGAGGUUGCGUGCCCUCCCACAAUCCUUUUGGCAGCAGCCGAACACCGUCAAUUCAGCGUCUCCCGGCUCCAUGUACUCCGUUCUACCUCCCCUCUGCAAAAUGGAACAGUCCAACUCUGAUUUGGCAGAUAUCCGACCAGUGACACCGCCCUCAGACGGUGAGGUGAUCGAAUGCAGAGAGGCGGAUCAACCCGACAUUAGGUUAAAGGAGAAGAAGGACGCCCUCGUUGUUGACAAAGACUCGUUAUCCCUCAAACUUGAGAAAGACAAAGAAAGGGACUUGUCGCGAGACAGGGAGCUCUCCCCCAGAGACCGAGAUUAUUCCCCUCGGGAAAAAGACCUGUCUCCGCGCGACCGAGACAUGGUUCGGGAGAAGGAGAGCCCAAGGGAUAAAGAGAAAGUGCGCGAUCUCAAGGAGAAUGGGCUGGAGUCCAAUAAGCAGCUCCCUCUUGAGGCAAAGAAGAAACAACCUAGACCUCCGCCGAGGAUAGUGAGAGUGUCACCUGCUAAUUCUGAACUGCUUGCAAAGUUAUUUGAAGGGUUUGAUGGAGAAGGAAAAAAGAAGAUUGUUAGAAGAGGGAGGCCAAAGAGAGAAUACAACCCUCAAGCAACUGCACUAGCAGCGGCGGCAGCAGCAGCUCAAUCCGCAAUCAAUGCCUCAAACAACAACAACAACACCUCCACCUCCGCCACCAGCAGUACCAAUGCAAGUAACCCCGCCCCCACGCACCACCACCCCUACCUAACCGGUGACGAUCCUUACAUGAUAGACAACGUCGCAGAGGGCCUCCUUCCGAUGCUGUCCUUGGAGACGAGCCGUCAGACGAGCGGCCCGUCGUCGCAGCUCGCCAUCGUGUCUAUCCGCGGCGACAACAACCGUAUGCUGUCGUUACCCUCGCUCAGUGUCGAGCAGAAUCAUUCCGCCAUACUUUCCGAACUUGUGAAAGCCUUAUGAGAUUUGUGGAGCGUUGUGGCCCAGUGGAUUAGUCUUCGGACUUUGAAACAGAGGGUCGUGGGUUCGAAUCCCAGCCAUGGCGUAAUUUCCUUCAGCAAGAAAUUUAUCCACACUGUGCUGCACUCAACCCAGGUGAGAUGAAUGGGUACCCGGUAGGAAGAAAUUCCUUGAAUGCUUUGAGCGCCUAUAGGCAGCCCAGCUAAAGCCGGGGUAAUAAUAAUAGCAGGGCCCGCUGGGAGAACAGUUUUCGGAACUGAAGCAGCUUCCCUGGGUAAAUAUACCUGUAUUAUUAUUAUUAUAUUAUUAUUUAUCACGAGAUGAACUUAAAGAACAUUGCCAAAAGUUGUUUUUUAGAAAACUCAAUUUUUGUGUCUACUCUGUUUAGAAAUUAAUUGGUUUAUAGCUUUUUGCACGCUAUCACUGCUGAAAAAUAAAACGAAGUAUUCCCUCUAUGUUCUUAUAUGUAUAACACCAAUCACUUUUUAUUCUUCAAUAUAAGCUACAAAGUAACCUACACAAUCAAGCUAUACAUCUGUACCGAUCGCACAGAAACGUUGCUAGCGCUAACAGCGCGCUAACAGAGGCCCUGUUACAACCGGUAAUGUGGCAGCGAUGCCUAAAUGUUACAACAAUGCAUUACUUAUACACAUUGAAAUAAAUGUUUUGACUCCACAAUCCGGAAGAUCUGACUGGGCUCACUGUUUGCGAUCUGUUAGGCUAACAACGUUUUUGUGCGGCUGGCACUGAUAUAUAAAUUGAAGAAAAGAACCCACCUAUUACAUUAUCAAUCCAUAAUUUGGUGUGUAUGAUACUAGCAUUGAUCCCAGGAAGCCUAUUGAUUUUGAGGUCAAAGGUCAAGGUCACAGUGAUAUGUUUUCAUCUUACCCUUCUGCAGUCCUUGUAAAUGCGAUAACUUCAGUUUAAUUUAACCUAGGCUCAUAUAAUUUUGUGUGUAUGAUAUUAAUUAUCAUGGAUCCCAGGAAGCCUUUUGAUUUUUAGGUCAAAAGGUCAAAGGUCAAGAUCACAGGGACAUGUUUUCAUCUUACCCUUCUGAAUUCCUUGUUAACGCGAUAACUUUAGUUGAACUUAACAUAGGCUCAUAUAAUUUGGUGUGUAUGAUACUAGCAUAGAUCCCAGCAAUUCCAUUGAUUUUGAGGUCGGAAGGUUAGAGGUGAAUUCGGCACCUUCAACUUUUCGUGCUUGACCAAUAACUCCAUUUUCCGCUUUACAGGCGGGCGUAUUAUGUGCUCGCCUUAGCGACACUCUUGUUGAACUCUGUGAUUUCCAUAGCCUUUUUAAGGUUAGAUCACCUAGUUCAAGUUUAUAGCAGUGGGUUUGACUAAUAUUCAUCUAGAUCUUAUAGAUUUCCACAUAAUUGAUACAUUUCAGUCACUAAUAACCUAUUAAGAUUGUAUUAUGCCAUUGUCCUCUGAAAUAAUAAAGUUAGGUGCAUAGUGGAUAUCCUCCGCCAUUGUGUGGCUGACAUUUUAUUAAUCAAAUUGUAAAUUAUUAUUUUGAUACAAAGAGUUACUAAUGCCAUUUUUAAAGACUUUUUGAAUAAUGGAAUAAUAUUAGAUUUUGCUUUUAUUCGUGUACAUGCAAAUGUAUAAUGCCAUAGACCUGACAUUUAUGUGGUAUUAUUAUGUAAAGUAUGUGUACAUCAGAUGUAGCAGUUUUAAUGUUUGUAUAUAAGAGUUGUGAAGUAUUCACUUUUUAUUUUCCAGUUCUUAAUUGUGUGUGAAAAUUAUUGACAUAAAUCCUCAUAUGGUCAUAGUACUUAUGAAAUUAUCAAGAAAUUUACCGUCUGUAGAUCAGAUUUAAUUUCUACAAUAAAAUACAUGCACUGGAUGGAGUAGUCUUUUCUGAAGCAGCACUUUUUCCUUUUGAUUUGAAUUUCCUUUGUAAUUCUUUUGAAAAUCAACUUGAGAAAAAUAAUCUUGGAUGUCAAAGACAAAGACUUGAAAUUCUAGUCAUAUGAUCCACUUUUUUCUAGACUAAAUAAUUACAUGUUACAGAUUUGAGUACUCACUUUCAAAUUUAGAACACUAUGAGAAUAAAUACACUUGGAAUUGUAUGUUUCCAAUUAUCAUUUAUCAUGCUGAUUGCAUUUUUUGUCGCUAUGCAUUCACAGGUUUCCUUUCCAGAAUAUUGUCAAUCAAUUUUGGGGUCAAAUUUUAUCAUUUAAAGAGUCUACUUCUUAAUUAUGAAUUCAUGAUUUUUCAGAAAAAGUGAAGAAAUUUGAAAAAGAUGCCAUAAAAGGGUUAUUUCCAGUCUUUUAAACUAAUUUAGAAAUAAGAAAAGAAUAAUUAUUGAAAAUCACAGUACGGUUUUAAGUCUGAUAUAGACAUUCACAACUUUGUUGGCAAAGGGAAAUUCAAUCAUAUUUGAUGAUUAUUGCCAAAGUACAAGUCUUAUAUUUCUGAAUUAUGAAAAGGGAUUUAAACCCAUUUUUAAAGAAUUUUCUUUAGUUCUACAGCUGUUUAUUUUAACACUGUAUUUGUAAAUAAAAUGCCUUGAACGUUAUAAUCAGAAUUUUGCCAGG